AUGGCGGCCCGCGUGCGAGUGCCCAUGUGCAUGAGCGAUAGCAGUGCACAGCACUUGAUUGAAGUGUCUCAGCCUGUGACCUUGGAAAAGAUCAAAGAUGCUGCUGGAAAGAAAUUCAAAGAAUUCCGGCCCAAAAAGGGCCUGGCCUACCACUCCUUCACUGGAGAGGAGCUUACAGACGAUUUGGUGCCCUCGCUCUUCACUGGCGUGGGCAGUGCUGGAGUGGUUUUGAGCAUGAAACCCUGGAAAGGCGCGUCCAAACUGAAGGCAGCCAAGGAUUCCAAGGGCUACGGCGACAUGCCGAAGGUAAGCCUUGAAGGGACAGGAAGCAAGCUGCAGCGAGGAGCAGACAUCCUGCAGGGCUGCGAUGCCUUGCUGGUGCUGGUUGGUGCUGGCAUGGGGGUGGAUUCGGGAUUGAGCACCUUCAGGGCUCAGGAUGGAAGCUACACCAAGGAGGAGUACAUGAACUUGGCGCGACACGCCAGCUUUCGCGAGGACAUUCACAAGGCCUGGGCCUGGCAUGGCGCCAUGCUGCGGCGUUUCUGCAGCACGCUGCCGCAUGCGGGCUAUGCGAAACUGCUGGAGAUUUGCCAGCAAGUUGGCGACUUUUUCAUCUGUACCUCUAACAUCGAUGGCGCCUUUCUGCGCUGCGGCUUUCCACCAGACCGCCUUUUUGAAGCACAUGGCUCCGUGCACAUGUGGCAGUGCUGUGACCCCAAGUGCACCAAGAAUCACAACCCUUGGCCAGCCAAAGUGGAUCAACCAGAGAACCAGCUGCCCACAUGCCGCCACUGUGAACGAGACUAUGCGCGGCCCAACGUGGCCUUUUUUGACGAUGACCUGGGGAGCAACGCCAGGACCUUCAACUCCAAGUACAUCGAGCCGCAACGUGCCCGCUUCCACCGUUGGGUUCAAGCCCUGGCGGGUCGUCGGGUGGCUCUGCUGGAGAUCGGGUGCGGCUGUAGCGAGCACAGCUUGCGCAUGAGGCGCAGGGACGACAGGUCCUGGAUUUGCAUGUCGGGCGAGUGGAAGAUCCCACGUUUGGUGUGUCCUUUGGUGCGGAUCGACCCUGGAGAGGAGGAACCUGAUGACGCUGAUGACUUUGUACAUCUUCAGCUGGGAGCACGGGAAGGGCUGGAACAGCUGGCCCUCCCUGGUACUGAGAGUUCUGCCUCCAACGCGAUUGCGACGGUCGGCUCUCGGCCCGUGAAGGUGCUUUGGGCAUGCAGCAGAAGAUGCUUCGGCAGCGCCAGCUGGUGCUCAAGAGGCAGACGGAUGCCGCCAAGUCCUUUGGGGUUGUGGCGCAACAGCAUGCGCCCACCAGCGAAACCCCACGCCAGGCAGUUCGGACCAGGGGUUGCAGCGUGCCCAACAGCAACACGAAGCGACAAAGUGUUAUUGCGGAGCUGCGGAGCCAUGGCCAUGAGGCUUUGGGUGGUGUUAUUUUGCCAAUGGUCCCCGUUGGUGUGGGCCAGUGCCAACAAUCCCUUCGGCUUCAACUUCAAGGACUUCUCACUGCCUGGCUUUCCAAAGGGCAAGAAGGGCUCUUCCAUCUUUGACGGCCUCGCCUUCUUCUCCGACAAGCACCCCGCGAAGUUCGGCGGCCUGCCAGGCCUACCGAAGAACGCCCAGAAGCAGAGCUCGGGGUCCGAUAUGCUGGGGACCAUGUGUGGCAUGAUGUCGAUGCCAUUUGUCUGCGAUUCCAUAUCUCAGGGUGUCAACUCCGCAGAAUGUAAGAAAAAUCCAGCUGCUUGCUGUGGAAAAUCGGUCAAGAAGUGCAGCGACACGGAUCCCUUUACUUUUGCAUCUCCCUGCGGCUCUGUGAGUCAGAACGCCAAAUGCGUGGGCUCUGUGAUGACCAGCUUUACGAAGGUGGGCGUGUGCAUGUGCCAAGGAGGCUCGACCUGUGAAGGCGCCGGGUCCCGAGCCAAGUGCUCCACCGGAAGCAUGUCCAACAUCUUCAGCAACCUCGAGGAGGAAGAUGAGAUUGAAGCUGAAGCAGAGUUAAACAUCAGCGGCUGGCUCGCCCUGGUGACUUUCUGCACCUGUCUCCUGCUGUCCGUCUCCCUGACGCUCCGUGGCAUGCGCUGGCUGCGGUCCAACGUGGGGCAUCGGGAGCACAGCCAAUUGCUUCAGGAUGUGGAGGCGGAAGUCCUGGAUUGA